AUGGCCGGAUACUAUCAACCAGUUUCAAGACUUUCCUUCAUAGGCACCACGCAAACCUUGAUCCCCCCAAUCGUGACCAUAGUUACUCCGAAGGGAUCUCAUCUGCGCUACCUGACCAUCCUAUUCAUGAUAUGGAUUUUCACAUUGAUGCUCUACCCUGUUGAAAAGCAACCAUAUAUAACAACCUUAUCUGCUUGCGCCGGCGGCUUCGGCAUUAUCACAGCUCUCGACAUCCUGUUACUCAACCCCAAGCAAGCAGCAGACUUUAUGAGUGACAGUACUACCAGUAAUAAUAGAACAACAAACAAAAUCACGCGCUUCAUCUCUAUCUUUCGAGCCGCCUUAGAAUAUCAGAUUAAUGCCCGGAAGAUCAACACCCCCAGGGAAGCAAAGAACACACCUUCCCUGCCAAGAUAUUACGCCCAGGGAAAUGGCUCAAAGUCUAUCCCAAGAAACAAAUUUUUGGUCCGCGAGACUGCCAUCGCGGCGUGGCAAUAUCUGGUUCUGGAUAUCGCGACCAUGCCGGCUAUCAAGAUGGCCUUGAGCAAACAACAAGAAGAACAAGACCUCUCCGCUCAAGUCCACAAACCCUCCCCAAUAGAGCAGUUAAUAGAGCAAGUCAUCGUGGCCAUAGUCGCUUGGCUCAUUAUAUCACGAAUCCUGAUGAGCUUCUACUAUCGCAUGAUUGCAGUGAUCAGUGUGGCCUUGAGGCUUGAAUCACCCGAAAAAUACCCGCCGUUAUUCAAUAAAAUGGCUGACGCUUAUACGUUACGAAAUUUCUGGGGAAAAUUCUGGCACCAAAUUCUCCGAGUCACCUUCACGGCCGUGAGCAACUUCAUCACUCGAGAUAUACUCGGCCUGGCUAAAUUGUCCUUACUGGAACGAUAUACCAAUGUGUUCUGCGUCUUCUUUUUGUCGGGUGUUCUGCACCUUACGAUGGAUGUGAUAGUAUUGGAUUGCACCGUGCGCGAGUCUGGCUCGAUGGUGUUUUUCUUGUCUUUCGUGCUUGGGUACAUGGUUGAAGAUGGUGUCCAGGCUGUGUGGAGGAAGUUGCAAGGUUCCCAGGAUGCUGGGAGUAGUAGUGGUAAAGAGCCAGAGGUUUGGAAAAAGGCUCUUGGGUAUGUCUGGGUUUCGACAUUUCUGACGGUCAUGUCGGCGGUGUAUUUCGAGCCGGUGCGAAGGCGACCGGAGAGGCAGGUGGGUAUGAUUCCGUGGAGCGUUGCGGAGGUGAUCGGGGUUGAGGUUAUGGGGGGGUUGGUUGUUGUGGGUGGGGUGGUUUUGAUGGUGGUUUAUAAGGUUGAGGUAUAA